AUGCGCUGUCUAUACUUCCUUCUAUCCACUGCACUCUGCAGUCCCAUCUACAGAAGUGAAGUGAAGAACAUACCAGAAAUACUAGCUCAACUCCUCGACACCACCACCUCCUACACAAACACGAUCCAACCCCGAGAAAUAUUCCAGCUCUCAGCCCGAAUCUCCGACAUAACCACCGGCAAAAUCACACCAAUCCAAACAAUCAACCAAGGCCUUUCCAUUCUUUCAACACUCCAAAAUAAAACAUCCCUCCAAAAAGCAAUCGCAGUCGUAUCCGCCGGCCUCGUCCCCCAAAACAUCCUCACCCUCCUCAACCCCUCAAACCCAAUAAACUCAUACACAAACACAAACCCACCCCCAAACACCCCCCUCUACCCAAAAUCCCCCCAAGACGCACCAUACGACAUCCCAGAACCCAACCUCCUCGCCGCCCUCUACAUCCCCCCUCAUUCACCUGCACCAAGACCCCCAUCCUCCUCGUCCCCGGCACCGCGGAUCCAGCAGGAACAACCUUCUCCUUCAGCUACAGCAAACUCCUACAAACCAACACCACGACCCCAGUCUGGAUCAACGUCCCCAACGUCUCCUUAUCCGAUAUCCAAGAUAACGCACAGUACAUCGCAUACGCCAUAA